GGCAAGGGAGGUUGAGAGCGCCGCUCCGGCGGGCGAGGAACGGGGUGCCGGGAGCGGAGAGGCCGGGGGCCGCCUGGGGUCCCGAAGCGUCAGGGUGGGUAGCCCAAGCGCGGUCGGGGGCGGCCCCGCGCGGCCCCGCCCCUCCAGGCCGGUGCCCGCCCCCCUGCGCGCCCCGCCCCCUCCUUCCCCGCAGCCCCCACCCCCAGUCCCGGCUCCUCAACACAAACUUUCCGUCCCGCUCGCUCCCUCCUCCGCGCCCGGCGCCUCCCGCUCCAGCCCGGCUCAUUCCGCACAUUCCGGUCAGCCCCCUCCCCACGACCCCCCUUCCCCGGCCCCCCUCUUCGCUCCCUCGGGCCCGGCGGAGCCGCCCGGCCGGAGCGCCCCCGCGAGAUCGGACCAGGCUCAGGCUGCCCAGUGGGCUCAGGCCCAGAGCCCAGAGCCCAGAGCAACCAGCACAAUAGCGUCCAACAGCUGGAAUGCCAGCAGCAGCCCCGGGGAGGCCCGGGAGGAUGGGCCCGAGGGCCUGGACAAGGGGCUGGACAACGAUGCGGAGGGUGUGUGGAGCCCGGACAUCGAGCAGAGCUUCCAGGAGGCCCUGGCCAUCUACCCACCCUGCGGCCGUCGCAAGAUCAUCCUGUCGGAUGAGGGCAAGAUGUACGGCCGAAAUGAGUUGAUCGCACGGUAUAUUAAAUUGAGGACGGGAAAGACUCGGACAAGAAAACAGGUGUCCAGCCACAUACAGGUUCUAGCUCGGAAGAAGGUGCGGGAGUACCAGGUUGGCAUCAAGGUCUCUAGCCACUUGCAGGUUCUAGCCAGGCGGAAAUCUCGGGAGAUUCAGUCCAAGCUGAAGGCCAUGAACCUGGACCAGGUCUCCAAGGACAAAGCCCUCCAGAGCAUGGCGUCCAUGUCCUCUGCCCAGAUUGUCUCAGCCAGCGUCCUACAGAACAAGUUCAGCCCACCCUCCCCUCUGCCCCAGGCCGUCUUCUCCACUUCCUCUCGGUUCUGGAGCAGCCCCCCUCUCCUGGGACAGCAGCCUGGACCCUCUCAGGACAUCAAGCCCUUUGCACAGCCAGCCUACCCUGUCCAGCCACCCCUGCCACCGACGCUCAGCAGUUAUGAGCCCCUGGCCCCGCUCCCCUCAGCUGCUGCCUCUGUGCCCGUGUGGCAGGACCGCACCAUCGCCUCCUCCCGGCUGCGGCUCCUCGAAUAUUCCGCCUUCAUGGAGGUGCAGCGCGACCCUGACACGUACAGCAAACACCUGUUUGUGCACAUCGGCCAGACGAACCCCGCCUUCUCAGACCCGCCCCUGGAGGCGGUGGAUGUGCGUCAGAUCUACGACAAGUUUCCCGAGAAGAAGGGUGGCCUGAAGGAGCUCUAUGAGAAGGGGCCCCCUAACGCCUUCUUCCUCGUCAAGUUCUGGGCCGACCUCAACAGCACCAUCCAGGAGGGCCCGGGCGCUUUCUAUGGGGUCAGCUCCCAGUACAGCUCGGCCGACAGCAUGACUAUCAGCGUCUCCACCAAGGUGUGCUCCUUUGGCAAGCAGGUGGUGGAGAAGGUGGAGACCGAGUACGCCAGGCUGGAGAAUGGGCGCUUCGUGUACCGCAUCCACCGCUCGCCCAUGUGCGAGUACAUGAUCAACUUCAUCCACAAGCUCAAGCACCUGCCCGAAAAGUAUAUGAUGAACAGCGUCCUGGAGAACUUCACCAUCCUGCAGGUGGUCACGAGCCGGGACUCCCAGGAGACCUUGCUCGUCAUUGCUUUCGUCUUUGAAGUCUCCACCAGCGAGCACGGGGCCCAGCACCACGUCUACAAACUUGUCAAAGACUAGGGUGCCCUCCGCCCCCACCACCACAAUCCAGGACGAGCAUCUUCUCCACACACCUGCCUGGCACCCCUAGGGGUCCAGGACUGAGGACUCAUCCACCCGCCAGGCCUCAGGCCCAGGACCCAGGAGGCCUCCCCAUCUACCCUGCACACACACUCCCUGCCACUGUUCUGCGCUUUAACUGAGGGAGAAGAGAGGAGGGCUCAGCGGCGGUGACGCGGACCACCGUACCCAGCUCUGCCCAGCCUCGAAAGACUGGGAGGACACCUUCGAGCUCAGGCACGCGUGGCCGCUGGCCCCUCGGGACUGUGACGGGCGGGUGAGGGCAGAAUGGAGACCAAGGGAACCGGAGUGCGGAGGCCCCAGAAGGGGAGUGUCGAGUUGGGGUCAAGUUGAGAAGAAGAGAGAGGAGCCCACACUUUCUGUGCGCCUGCUGUGUGCCAGGCCUCGUGCAGGCCCCCAAGUGCCUUGUGCCAUCCUCAGACCCUGCAGGGCAAGCGUGGGACUCGGUAUCUCAGUGGAGGGACCUGUGGGAGGGGUGGGCGGAGUUGGAGUCCUCGCCCGGCGCUGCCUGUCUCCUAGAGCCCAGGUUUAUGCUACCUCCCUGGAGUGGGGGCAGGUCUGCACUGAGAGGCCAGCUGGCUGGAUUGGGGGCCCGAACAGACCACUUCCUUCCAGAGCACGGGGGGCUCCUGUGCGGCCCUCAUAGCUGCCUGACCCGGGUCCGGUCCCGAGCCAUCCAGCAGCCUCCCGAUGGGCGAAGGCUUCCAGGGGCAGGCCCGGGCCCGAAGCAGGCUGGAGGGUCAGGUGGAAGGACGGAGUCCCAGCCCCUGGGCAGGCCACUGGCCCAGGGACAAGGGGUAGCGGAAGAGUUUGGCAUUUUCUCUUGCCUAAGACUUGGCGUCUGGUGGUGAACCCUCGGGGGGCACCUGUCCCUUCUGUCUUCCCCACGUCAGUCUCUCUGGCCUGGAGCAGCUCCCCACACCCAGUCCUGGGACUGAAGGUUAACCCUUCCCGGGCAGCCCCUUGUCAACACCCAGGCUCCUCCGCCCCCAGCCCCGUCCUCCCGCUGCCUGUGGGUAUUUAUGAGUUUCGUAUGAAGUACUGUGCCCCUUCCUCCCCGCGCCCGGCCGCCCCUGAGCUUCCUGAAGGUCCUCACAGUUUGCAUAUCGCUCAGGCCACCUCCAAACCCAACCUAGGUUUUAUAAUGUAUAUUAUAUAUUUGUUGUGUAUUUUUUAAAUCCAGCUGUGAUGGGUUAUAUCAUAAAUGUGGCGCAAGGCUGGCGCAGGGGCCCUCAAGGCCCAGCUCCUGCUUAAAAAAAAAAAAUUAAAGUUAUUUGUUUGUGGGUUAGUCGUGUGACCAGUU